AUGUCCCACCAUGCCACUUCCCCCCUCCCCAUCCUCCGCACAAAUCUCCUCCGCCUCCGCAAGACCGCCCCUCUGAAGCGUGUCCUCCCCCUCCUCCUGGCCCUCCUCCUCUUCACCGUCGCCACCGUCUACCUCUCCACCUCCCCUCUCCGCCCCCUCUCCCUCGCACCCCCGCCGCUCUUCGGCCUCACCCCGCUCCAGCAGGACGUGCGCCAGGCCACCGCCGCCACCUACCGCCUCUACCUCCGCCACUGCCUGGGCAAAGAUGAGAUCGUCCCCACAACCCGCCGCUGCGAGGACUGGUUCAACAUCGGCCUCACCCUCCUCGACAGCCUGGACACCCUCCUCCUCAUGGACCUGCGCGACGAGUACCGCCAGUCGCGCGACUGGGCCGACCGCCACCUCUCCUUCGACGCCGUCUCCACCCGCGUCUCCACCUUCGAGAUCGUCAUCCGCGCCACCGCCGGCAUGAACUCCGCCUACCAGCUCACGGGCGACCUCCUCUGGCGACGCAAGUCCGUCGAGCUGGCCGACUACCUCCUCCUCUCCUUCAACCUCACGGCCACAGGCUGCCCGCCGCCGGCCGCCUUCAUCGGCCGCGCCCGCCUCGCCAUGUCCGACGAACACGCCCUCGACACCCUCCACUCCAACCCCGCCGAGGCCGGCACGCUGCAGCUCGAGUUCCGCACCCUCUCGCAGAUCACCGGCGACCCCAAGUACGCCCGCGCCGUCGACCGCUGCACCGACAGCCUCAUCCGCGCCAUGCCCGCUCAACAAUUCCUCGUCACCGACCGCUUCAACCUGCAGACCGGCGUCUUCGAGGGCGCCCGCGUCUCCAUGUCGGCCAUGGUCGACUCGUUCUACGAGAUGCAGCUCAAGACCUGGGUCGCCUUCGGCAAGAAGGACCACCACCUCCGCGAUGCCUUCCAGGCCGCCGUCGCCCGCGCCCACGUCCUCCUCUUCCGCACCGAGCACAACCACACCUACGUCGGCGAGAUGCUCCGCGGCAACACCCUCUCGUUCAAGCGCUCCAUGGAGCACCUGGCCUGCUUCCUCCCUGGCACCCUCGCGUACGCCGCGCUCCACGGCCUCGGCGGUGGCCUGCAAGGCGAAAACCCAGACGACUACCUCCCGCUGGCGCGCGCCCUCGCGGAGAGCUGCUACGCCAUGAGCCGCGGCAUGUUCCACGGCCUCGCCGCGGAGGUCACCGACUUCUCAGGUGACACCCCGCGCCCGAUGCGCGGCGCAGACCACAACCUCCUGCGCCCGGAGAUCGUCGAAGCGCUGUACUACCUCGACAAGAUCGACCCGCUGGCGGGCGACAAGUACAAAAAGUGGGGAGAGACUAUGUGGAAGGCUAUGAAGACGUACGCACAGGUCCCCGGGCAGCCGGAUGGCGUCCUGUCGUCGACCUACAACUUGCUCGCGCAGACAAAGGAGGAAAUCACACUCCACGGGAAGCUGCACUCGUUCGCGAUCGCAGAGACGUACAAGUAUCUCUUCAUGCUGUUCGACGACAGGCCGCCGGACCAGCAAACGCUGCCACUCACGAAGUGGGUGUACAAUACCGAGGCGCACCCGGUCAGGAUUGUUGAGUGA